UCCUUCGUCCAAAACCGUUGUUUACUAAAAGUUACAUUUACAGUUCUGCCCCUAUAUACUUUAUAAAACUACAUUUGCUGCUCACGUCUAUUAUCGGAUCUUCGUUGCCGACGUUACCUUCCAGUUACCACCGUCUUCUGCCACCGUCGACUUCUCCUUAACCGGUGUUUUUUAUUUCAAAGAAUAUCUUCUAUAAGUAGGUGAAUCUUGCAAAGCAUUUGUGAUGAUCAAUACUCUGGUUUCUCCUUCUAGUGUUGGAUUUGGAUCUCAGAAACCGAAGUUUGACAAAUCUUGUAAGAAAGUGAAGCAGAGAGCAGUAAGAAUGGAACUCACAAUCACUCAGCCUGAUGAUUGGCAUCUUCAUCUCCGUGACGGCGAUCUCCUUCAGGCUGUUGUUCCCCACAGUGCGAGUCAUUUUAGGAGAGCGGUUGUGAUGCCGAAUCUGAAGCCCCCUGUGACCACUACUGCAGCUGCCAUUACUUACCGUGAAUCUAUCAUGAAAGCUUUGCCAAUUGGGAGCAGCUUUGAUCCACUAAUGACUCUUUAUUUGACUGACAAAACCCAUCCUGAUGAGAUCAAGCUCGCCAGGGAGAGUGGUGUGGUUUACGCGGUGAAGCUGUACCCUGCCGGAGCCACAACCAACUCUCAAGAUGGUGUCACAGACCUCUUUGGGAAAUGCUUGCCAGUAUUAGAAGAGAUGGUCAAACAAAACAUGCCUCUUCUGGUUCAUGGAGAGGUCACAGAUCCGAGUAUUGAUGUCUUUGACCGCGAGAAAAUCUUCAUUGAGACGGUUCUGCAGCCUCUAAUCCAACGCCUUCCACAGCUGAAAGUAGUGAUGGAACACAUCACUACGAUGGAUGCUGUGAACUUCGUUGAAUCUUGCAAAGAAGGGUUUGUGGGUGCCACAGUCACACCACAGCAUCUCCUUCUCAACAGGAACGCUCUUUUCCAAGGUGGAUUACAACCGCACAACUACUGCCUUCCCGUUCUCAAAAGAGAGAUACACCGAGAAGCCAUUGUCAAAGCUGUAACUAGUGGAAGCAAGAAGUUCUUCCUAGGCACAGAUAGUGCUCCACAUGAGCGGAGAAGAAAAGAAUCAUCAUGUGGAUGUGCUGGUAUUUACAGCGCUCCUGUUGCUUUGUCUCUAUACGCCAAGGUCUUUGAUGAGGCGGGUGCGCUUGACAAGUUGGAAGCUUUCACAAGCUUCAAUGGACCUGAUUUCUAUGGCCUCCCGAGAAACUCUUCAAAGAUUACACUGAAGAAAGCUCCUUGGAAGGUUCCUGAGGUCUUAUCCUUCUCAUUUGGAGAGAUCAUUCCAAUGUUUGCUGGAGAAACCCUUCAAUGGCAACCAUCUUUCGAGUAAUGUGUUGGUUUGGAGUUGUCUAAACAUUUCUCCCAAAUUGGAGUACCUCUUGUAUCUUUUAAUUUUGGAUUUUCUUAUGGCUGAGUUAAAGGUCUGCAUUUUUUUUUUGAGAAAUAAAAGCAAGAUACUGAUCAAGAAUGCUUAUUUUGUGUGUUUGAAUCUGUUUUUUU